AUGCAGUCAAACAGCAAAGAUCUGCUUCGUUUGGAGGCUGAAGCCUUGUCCUUGGAAUCAAAACUUGUCUUUUGCAGUAGAGAUGGCGGAUCUGAAUCCCUAAAUUUAAAACCUGACCUUUGUAAUAAGAAGCCCGAAAUUUCUUCUGUACCCAAAAGCCAAGUUCUAACAAAGGUGAAGGAUUUUUUGGGUGUGUUUUUGGAAAAUACUAGAAAAGUGGAGCUUGAAGCGAAGAAGAAUCCUGAGAAAUAUGAUAUUGAAGCUCUUACGGGUGAAGAAUCUGAAUACAUAGAGAUGGACUUAAUGUUGGGCGUCGCUGAGCUUCACACACAGGAGGCUGUUUCAGCUGCUGAAUCCGCAAUAGCAACUGACCAACCAGCAAUCAAUCUGCCCAGCAGUGACAACGAGACAGAAUCUGAAGACAGUAGCAGUGAGGAUGACAGCACCAGCAAAAGUGCUGCUGAUGAUGUAGCUUCUUCUCUAGGAAAAGAAUCUAAGCCGAAAGCACUGAAGAGGAAGCGACAUUCGGUAAACUCACCUAACAUAGUUGAGCUUUCUUAGCGCUGAGGACAUCAAAUUACACUAGUUUUUUUUGUGAGAAAUUUAGAACGGUGUGUUUCUCUACCAUGUUCCCAUAAAACUUGUUUUAGAUUUAUCGUUUUGUUUCACAAAAAAAAAAAAAAAAAAAAAAAAUUAUUCCAAUUUAA